UAAUGAACUUGAAGUAGUGUUUAACAACGUUUAAUAAAACUCUACUUGGUUAGGAUGCUUAGAAGAAGAGCCAAACGAACUGUCGAAACAAACGAGUCAGGAGCCGCCGAGGAUUCGAAAAAGAAGAGGGCUAUAAUCGAUGAUGGGGCUGAUGUGGAAAGUCACUUAGAAAAGUUGUUGUUUGGAGACGCCAGCAGUCUUGAUAUUUUUACAUCAGAAAAGAAAGAUAGUUAUAAUGAUCCAAAAGAGGAUGCAGAUGAAGACAUUGAAGACAACACGAAUGGAGAGGGAACGAUAGAUUCUCAACGUAGACAACCUAAAUGGAUUGAUGACGAUGAUGAAUUUGAAAGAGUGGACAUCACUGCAGAAUCAAAACUCAAAAAACUAAGAGAUACUGAAGAUGAAACAGUUGUCAGUGGCCAUCAAUAUACCAAGAAACUGAGGAGGCAGUUUGAAAAGAUUUAUGGAGAUGGUAGCUGGGCAAGUCUUGACAAGAGGAAARGUCAAGGAAGCGAUGAUGAAGAAGAUGAAAUGCUUCAGAGAACAGGAAAUUAUUUAUCAGCAAAAUCUGAUGACCUUCCUAAGGGUAUUUUGAACAUUAAAAGAGUCAAAGAUACAAACAGUGAAAAGCCAUCAAAUGCUGGUAUACAAUGUGUUGAGUUUCAUCCCAGUGCUAAAGUUGCAUUGACUGCUGGUUUUAACAAGACAUUAGAUCUUUUCCAAAUUGAUGGUCAAAACAACCCCAAACUACAAAGUGUGUUUAUCAAUCAUUUCCCAAUUUAUAAUGCACAUUUCACUGCUGAUGGUGAACAAGUAAUAAUGACAUCAAGAAAAAAGUGGUUCUAUGUUUAUGACAUGAUGAAAGGCCAAGUGAUAAAAAUCCCAGGAAUUAGAGGCAGAAAUGAAAAGAAGUUUGAAAAGUGUGAAGUAUCUCCAGAUGGGAGGCAUAUUGUGUUUCUUGGUGAUAAUGGUUAUAUAAUAUUAGUGUCUAGUAAGUCAAAACAAUGGAUUGGAAAUCUUAAAAUGAAUGYCAAAGUAGAUGCAGUCUCAUUUUCUGCUGAUGGUUCAAAGCUGUACAGUACUGGCAGUGAUGGAGAAGUUUAUAUAUGGGAUAUCAAUUCACGGACAUGUUUACACAAGUUUACAGAUGAAGGUUGUCUCAAUGGUACUACCAUAGCAGCAUCCAGUAAUGGUCAAUACCUGGCCUGUGGAUCUGAUAGUGGAAUUGUGAACAUUUAUGAUGAUCAGUGUUAUACCAAGUCACAUCCAAAACCCCUGAAAACCAUUUCCAAUCUGACAACAUCAAUAGAUGGUACUACUUUCAACUCCACCAGUGAAUUGUUAGGCAUUUCAUCAAAGUUUAAAAAGGAUUCMUUUAAACUAGUCCACUUACCAUCMUUCACAGUGUUCUCAAACUGGCCAACCUCAAAGACCCCAUUAAGAUACGUUCAAGCAUUUGAUUUUUCACCAAACAGUGGUUUUCUGUCCAUUGGUAAUGAUAAAGGAAAGGCAAUGCUCUUCAGGUUGAAUCAUUUUACUGACUCGUAAUGCAUUGUGGACUAAAAYUGAACCACGGCAAGAAUCCUAACGGAAUACUGAACAAUAUCACAUGUAUCACGGUAUUCAUUAUGGUACAUUAAAUAACAGAGACCAUCAAGACGGCCGAAGAAUACGGACAUUAUUAUGAGUUCGUUAAUCAUUAUUUAUCCCCGUUUAGUUGAAUGAUUCAUGAUAUCACCGGUCCCUGUCACUUUGUUUUCAUACAAUCGUCCUGACAAUCGUCCGAAUUGCACCAAACGCGUAGCUGAGUAUCCCAGUCAUUCAUGGUGUCAUCAGACCACCAUGUUUUAUUCUUUAUUGUCUUAGUACAGAGGCAUUUAAUUUAACAGAUAUCUACUCACUCUACAGUAUGAAUAAUACAAGGGCGGAUUCAUGGAGGGGCAAAGGGGUGCUGUAGCCCUCCCCCCUCUCUGAGCAGAAAAAGUGAACUGUUUGUUUAUUAACUUAAAUGUUCUUUGUAACAAAUAAAACCCAAAUAAAGCUGGAUGCUGUAUUGUAAUAGRAUUUUUUCUUGACUCGAUUAAAUUCUUCAGAUGCA